UCGUGGGGCGGGGCGAGGGCUGCGGCGUCGGGACCGCGCACACGUUGCAUUUCUGGCUUGCGGCGUUGGGCGACGCGGCCGGCCGGGCGAGGGGGAGACCGGCCACCGGCGCAGAUGGCGACGCUCUGUCUCACCGUGAACGCGGGCGCCCCGCCCCUGGAAGCCUUGCUGGCGGCAGAGCACGUGAAAGGUGAUGUCAGCAUUUCUGUGGAAGAAGGGAAAGAGAAUGUUCUUCGUGUUUCGGAAAAUGUGGCUUUCACGGAAGUUAAUUCCAUCCUUCGCUACCUGGCUAGAGUUGCAAGUACAGCCGGGCUGUAUGGUGCUAACCUGAUGGAACACGCUGAGAUUGAUCAUUGGCUGGAGUUUAGUGCUACAAAAUUGUCUUCAUGUGAUUUGUUUACUUCUGCAAUCAACGAGCUUAAUCAUUGCCUGUCUCUGAGAACAUUCUUAGUUGGGAACUCUUUGACCUUAGCAGAUUUUUGUGUCUGGGCCACCCUAAAAGAAAAUGCUGCAUGGCAGGAAGAGCUGAAGCAAAGUAAAGGCCCGGUGCACGUGAAGCGCUGGUUCAGCUUUCUCGAGGCCCAGCGGGUCUUCCAGUCAGUCAGUGCCAAGUGGGGCGUCUCAGCCAGCCAGGCCAGGACGGCACCAGAGAAGAAACAAGAUGUGGGGAAGUUUGUGGAGCUUCCAGGUGCAGAGAUGGGCAAGGUUACCGUCAGGUUUCCCCCGGAAGCCAGUGGUUACUUACACAUUGGGCAUGCAAAGGCUGCUCUCCUGAACCAGCACUACCAGGUUAACUUUAAAGGGAAACUGAUCAUGAGAUUUGAUGACACAAAUCCUGAGAAAGAAAAGGAAGAUUUUGAGAAGGUUAUCUUGGAAGAUGUUGCAAUGUUGCAUAUCAAACCAGAUCAGUUUACUUACACCUCAGAUCAUUUUGAAACUAUCAUGAAAUACGCAGAGAAGCUAAUUAAAGAAGGGAAGGCUUAUGUGGACGACACUCCUGCGGAACAGAUGAAAGCAGAGCGCGAACAGAGGGUGGAGUCCAGACACAGAAACAACUCUGUUGAGAAGAAUCUCCAGAUGUGGGAAGAAAUGAAAAAAGGGAGCCAGUUUGGUCAGUCCUGCUGUUUGAGAGCUAAGAUUGACAUGAGUAGUAACAACGGGUGCAUGAGGGACCCCACCCUUUAUCGCUGCAAAAUUCAACCUCACCCGAGAACCAGGAGUCGAUACAAUGUAUAUCCAACGUAUGAUUUUGCCUGCCCCAUAGUGGACAGCAUUGAAGGUGUCACUCAUGCCCUGAGAACCACAGAGUACCACGACCGAGACGAGCAGUUUUACUGGAUUAUUGGAGCCUUAGGCAUAAGAAAGCCAUAUAUCUGGGAAUAUAGUCGGCUAAAUCUCAACAACACGGUGUUGUCCAAGAGAAAGCUCACGUGGUUUGUCAACGAAGGGCUGGUGGAUGGCUGGGACGACCCGAGGUUCCCCACGGUGCGCGGCGUGCUGCGGAGAGGGAUGACGGUAGAGGGGCUGAAGCAGUUCAUUGCUGCUCAGGGCUCCUCACGUUCCGUGGUGAACAUGGAAUGGGACAAAAUCUGGGCAUUUAACAAAAAGGUCAUUGACCCUGUGGCCCCAAGGUAUGUGGCGCUGCUGAAGAAGGACGUGAUCCCUGUGAAUGUUCCUGAGGCGCAGGAGGAGAUGAAGGAGGUGGCCCGACACCCGAAGAACCCCGAGGUGGGCCUGAAGCCCGUGUGGUACAGCCCCAAGGUUCUCAUUGAAGGGGCGGACGCACAGACGCUUGCUGAGGGGGAGACAGUGACCUUCAUCAACUGGGGCAACAUCAACAUCACCAGCAUUCACAGAAAUGCAGAUGGAAAAAUUGUAUCUCUUGAUGGAAAAUUGAACUUGGAGAAUAAAGACUAUAAGAAAACCACUAAGGUCACCUGGCUUGCAGAGACUGCACGGGCUCUUCCUGUCCCGACCAUCUGCGUCACUUACGAGCACUUGAUCACAAAGCCAGUGCUGGGGAAGGAUGAGGACUUCAAGCAGUACGUCAACAGGGACAGCAAGCGUGAAGAACUAAUGCUGGGGGAUCCCUGCCUUAAGGACCUGAAGAAAGGAGACAUUAUUCAGCUCCAGCGGAGAGGCUUCUUUAUCUGUGACCAGCCAUAUGAGCCCGUCAGCCCGUAUAGUUGCAAGGAAGCCCCCUGCGUUUUGAUAUAUAUUCCUGAUGGACAUACAAAGGAAAUGCCAACAUCUGGGUCAAAGGGAAAGACCAAAGGAGAAACCACAAAACCUGAGGUGAGUCCUCCUCUUAAGGAAAGAGCAGCACCUCCUGUGAAUAAGUCUUGCACCAUGUCUGAGGAUUCCCUGGCCCUUCACAGGAGAGUGGCUGUCCAAGGGGACAUGGUGCGGGAAUUGAAGGCCAGAAAAGCACCCAAGGAAGACAUAGAUGCGGCGGUGAAGCAGCUGCUGGCUUUGAAAGUGGAAUACAAGGAGAAGACUGGCCAGGAAUAUAAACCUGCGAGCCCUCCUGCGGCAGGAGCUCAGGAUGUUUCUUCUCAGGCGCCCACUGCUCUUCAGGAAGGCAGGACCCUGUACGACAGAGUUGCUGCACAGGGGGAGCUAGUUCGAAGGCUAAAGGCUGAGAAAGCCCUUCAGGCUAAGAUAAAUGAAGCUGUCGCGUGCUUACUGUCCCUGAAAGCUGCUUACAAAGAACAAACUGGGAAGGACUACGUGCCCGGCCAGCCGCCUCCGGCCCCCAACCCAGAGUCCCUCCCGGCCAGAGACCAUGAGCCUGCUGGCCCGGACACUGCUGAGGCCAGGGCACUGUAUGACAGAGUAGCUGCUCAGGGAGAAGUGGUUCGAAAACUUAAAGCUGAAAAAGCUUCUACGGAUCAGGUGGACCCCGCUGUGCAGGUGCUGCUGCAGCUGAAGGCGCAGUACAAGGCCCUGGCGGGAGUGGAGUAUAAGCCUGUAUCUACCACUGGGGCUGAGGACAGAGGCAAGAAGAAGAAAGAAAAGGAAAACAAAUCUGAAAAGCAGAAUAAGUCUCAAACACCAAGUGACAGCCAAGGGAAAGAGCCUUCUAAAAGCCAGGGCAGCGGGGUGGCGCCCAGUGGUGCAGGAGAAGGACAGGGCCCCAAGAAGCAGACGCGGUUGGGGCUUGAGGCAAAAAAAGAAGAAAAUCUUGCUGAUUGGUAUGCCCAGGUCAUCACGAAGUCAGAGAUGAUCGAGUACUAUGAUGUGAGUGGCUGCUACAUCCUCCGGCCCUGGGCGUACUCCAUCUGGGAGUCCAUCCAGGCCUUCUUCAACGCUGAGAUCAAGAAGCUGGGUGUUGAGAACUGCUACUUCCCCAUCUUCGUGUCUCAGAGCGCGCUGGAGAAGGAGAAGACUCACAUUGCUGACUUUGCCCCUGAGGUGGCUUGGGUCACGAGGUCUGGGAAGACUGAGCUGGCAGAGCCGAUCGCCAUCCGCCCAACCAGUGAGACAGUCAUGUACCCCACAUAUGCGAAGUGGGUGCAGUCCCACCGGGACCUGCCCAUCCGGCUCAACCAGUGGUGCAAUGUGGUGCGCUGGGAGUUCAAGCACCCACAGCCUUUUCUGCGCACCCGCGAGUUCCUCUGGCAGGAGGGCCACAGUGCUUUUGCCACCUUUGAAGAAGCAGCAGAAGAGGUGCUGCAGAUCCUCGAGCUGUAUGCCCGGGUGUAUGAGGAGCUACUGGCCAUCCCCGUGGUCAGGGGCAAGAAGACGGAGAAGGAGAAGUUUGCGGGUGGAGACUACACGACGACUGUGGAGGCCUUCAUAUCUGCCAGCGGCAGGGCUAUCCAGGGAGGAACAUCACAUCAUUUAGGUCAGAAUUUUUCUAAGAUGUGUGAAAUCAUUUUUGAAGAUCCCAAGACACCAGGAGAGAAGCAGUUUGCUUACCAGUGCUCCUGGGGUCUGACCACGCGCACCAUCGGUGUGAUGAUCAUGGUCCAUGGGGACAACAUGGGCUUGGUCUUGCCGCCCCGGGUGGCCUCUGUCCAGGUGGUGAUCAUUCCUUGCGGCAUCACAAAUGCACUGUCUGAAGAAGACAAAGAAGCGCUGAUGGCGAAGUGCAGUGAUUAUCGCAGGCGGCUGCUCGGUGCCAACAUCCGCGCCCGCGUCGACUUACGAGAUAACUAUUCUCCAGGGUGGAAGUUCAAUCACUGGGAGCUCAAGGGAGUUCCCAUUCGACUUGAAGUUGGACCCCGUGACAUGAAGAGCUGUCAGUGUGUAGCCGUCAGGCGAGACACUGGAGCCAAGCUGACGGUGGCUGAGAGCGAGGCCGAAACAAAGUUGGGGGCCCUGCUGGAGGAGAUCCACGUAAACCUCUUCCAGAGGGCUUCUGAAGACCUGAAGACCCACAUGGUCGUGGCAAACACAAUGGAAGACUUUCAGAAGACACUCGACUCCGGGAAGAUCGCACAGAUCCCGUUCUGUGGGGAAAUCGAGUGUGAGGACUGGAUCAAGAAGACCACCGCCAGGGACCAGGACCUGGAGCCAGGGGCCCCGUCCAUGGGCGCCAAGAGCCUCUGCAUCCCUUUCCAGCCGCUGCAGGUGCUGCCCCCCGGGGCGCAGUGCGUGUGCGGCAGGAACCCUGCCAGGUUCUACACGCUGUUUGGCCGGAGCUACUGAGGGGGACCCCAAGCUCUCGCCACCUCACUUCAUGGCAGAUUGAUACCAGUGCUUCUCAGAUGCAGUUUUAUGAUUUUUUAAAAAAUAAAACUUCUGAAAGAUCA